AUGAGCGAAGAUUUGGACGAGAGCUUGCCUUUCCAAGACUUAGAAAGCAUCUGGUCGUGUUCAGAGGAAGAUUUGGAGACGUCUAUGCAUAAUCUAUCGCUGAAUGACGAGGAUUAUGGUAAGUGUUGACAAAUUGAUACAAGCCAUGUGUGCAGGGCAUAUAAUUUCUGUUGGAAAUAUCGCAAUAUUUGCAUAAACCGCUUUUUAUAUUGUCAUUUUUCGUCACAUCAGAUAAUGAUAAACAGAGAACAAGCACUCGUAUACAAGAAAUACAUCAGAUAAUGAUAAACGGAGAACAAGCACUCCUAUACAAGAAGAAGGCAACGUGAAAAGCCCCGCGCAAGGAAAGCACACAUUCACGGCUCCAUCAACAAAGCAAACUCCAUAUUUGCCACCGUUGAAGAGAGUUUGUGUUGGUAAGUUUGAAAAAUAGUUUCAUAUAUUCAAAAUUAUAUAUCUCUUUGAACAAACUUUAUCGCGUGCGAGAUUUCAUUGGAUUUAUAAUUUAUUAAAUAGCUUAUAAUAAUUCAAUUGUUCAGGAAAAUCCCUAUCAGGGAAACAACGAUUGGAUCAAAGAAAGGCCACUACAAUUGUUUUAAAAGAUGGUUUUGAAUUGCACGACAACAGUGAACAGUCAAACACCUAA